AUGGAAGACAUCACUCAUCUUACUAGAUUUGAAGUCAUCACCUCAACAUGGUUUCUUGCUGCAAGUUUUGCCUUAACUGCAGACUCGUUUUCCCGUGCAGUGGUAAACCGUGCUAUUAAUAAGAGGGAAAUACUCCUUUUUUCCGUAAAUGUAGCAAUAUUUGUUAAUGAAAUAGUUAUGCUCUUUCAAGUAGUAGCAAGUUCAAAUUGUCCAAAUACAAAUAGCUCAGGCUGUAAUAUCUCAAACGCAAGAUGUAAGUUAUAUCGUGAUCACGACACAUUUUUUGAUAAUGAUCAAUUGCAACAACUUAAUGCAAUUAGAUAUAGACUUCCUCUUAUUGAAAAUAAGAAGUUUGACUAUCCUUCUUUUAUUCGAUAUAUAAAUUUAAAUAUUAUCUGGGAGACCUUAUACGUCUUAUAUUCACCAAACACGUCAAAUUCGGCAAAUUCGGAGCCACCUAGCGAUCCAAACUUGUUUAAUAACAUUGAAUUAAUACUUACAGUAUUAUUGAAGAUGCUAGCUCAAAAACUUACCAAUUUGCAGAGAUUUGCGAUUAAUCUUAAGUUUCAUUCUUCAAACCUUGACGACUAUUCUAAGGGAGGCAUAAAAACCAAUAUUCUGGAACUUUUGUUAAAACCGAAAAUCAGUGAUCUUUUAAGACGAAUGAAUUACUAUGGUUUCAACAAAACCUUACAAAGGAUACAUGGCUUUACUCGCUGGGAUCUGCUCAAAUUUGGCAUGCUCAGAAACCUUGGUAGCUUCGAUGAAAGUCAGAUUGACGAUGCUGCUGAAAUUAUUAGGUCACAAACAAACGCAGUUGAAAGUGUUAAAAUUUUUUAA